AUGACAGUACCACAAAUAUCCGACGACGAAUAUCUCCAACGAGAAUUUAACAAAAUUGACAAAGAUAAGACGGGUAAAAUAUCCGUGACCGAAUUUCGCAACUUGCUCUUGGCUGAUGAAUUUCUUCAGAAUUUUCGUAGUACAACAAUUGACACUUAUAUUGCCGAAUUGAGUAAUAAUUCAGGAUGGAUUACAUUUGAACAAUUUAAACACUUUAUGAAAACCGAAACGCGUACAUACAAAAAUCCUCUAGUGAUUAUGGAACUCAAACAAGCAUUCAACGAGGUCGAUACUAAUAAGGAUGGUUUUAUAUCACCACAAGAAGCGCACCAAGGUAUUACUUUAGCUCGUCAACGUAUACCUGAAGGUAUUUUUGGCCAAAUUGUUCAAAUGUUUGAUGAUAAUCAUGACGGACAAAUGUCACUUGAAGAAUUUUUAACUAAUGUUCAGAAAUUAGUUCGCAAAUAA